CUAACAAAAGUUGUGCUUGCUUUUGUAAUUCGUUCUUUGCAGAAUGUCGACGCAUGCCAGCGAAGGUGUGAAGAAACACUUCCUGGACUUGGGGCCAAAUGGGCCAAUUGUUAAAGGGAACAAAAACAGGCAGUGCAAGUAUUGUGAGAGGCCCGUCGCUGGCACUGCGAGCAGGUUCAGGGACCACUUCCUCUUGAACAGAUGCAAGCUCGGGUCGUUGAGAGCGAGAUUGACGAAAGAGGAGCUGCAAGAGAGGGAAAGGGGGAAGAAUGUUGCAAUCGCAGAGGUUGGGGGGGUUGUCAAACCUGCUGAUGCGCACUCAGAGCAUGAUGAUUGUGAGGCUAGCGAGGCGGAGGCACGAGAGAUGCCACCACGCAGUGUCGUAGGGGCGUCUAGAUCGAGGACUGGGACAAAGCAAUCCUUGAUCACGGACAGUGCCAUCGUUGUUACGAAGAAUGCGGAGACACAACAAACAAUCGAUGAUUGGAUGACCGCCCACUGCAUCCCCGUCAACAUGAUGAAGAGUGAGGAGUGGGACAACAUGGUGAAGGCGUUGAUGAAUGCGAACGAGUCCUUCAAGUACGCGGAAAUACGAGAAGGCGAGGACCACUCGUGUGGAGGUCACGAAGGGGAGGGUUGCAGCAAGGGUGGAGGAACUGCGGUAGCGAAGGUGUUGGAGACCUCGAAGGGCCUACUUAGUCUUUUGAAGUUCGUGGACGGGGAUCGCCCCACGAUCGGCAAAAUAUACGACCGCAUAGGCACUUUAGUGGAGAAUUUGAGAGAGAGCAAGACGUUCACGGAGGUGGAGAAGGAUGAGUUGGAGACCAUCAUCAUGCGGCGUUGGAAUGUCAUGACAUCCCCGUUGCAUUGCGGAGCUAUGUUUUUGGAUCCCGAGUACAAAGCCAGCAAGCCGGAGCAAGAUCUUGAGGUCGCAAACGGGUUUUGGAUGUGGGUGUAUGGGUGGUGCAAGCCAGCGAUGUACAAGGAGGUGGAUGAUGAGGUGAACAAUUGGAUCGAUGGCGUCGGCAAGUUCAGGUCGAAGAAGGCGAUGCAACAAGCACGCGGGAUGCAACCUGCACGGCUCGAAACGGUGAAGCCGAGCACCUUGGUGUACAGAAGAUGGAAUCAACAUUUGUUGAAGAAGUUGACGAAGAAGCCCAAGACAGGAGAGGAUGAGCUUUUGUGGGAGGAGGAUUUGGACCUCGAGAAGGAGGUCCAAGCGCAUGCGGACAUGCGUGUGGAGUGGCGGUCCCGUUUACGCGAGGAGAAUAGGAGAAGGGAAUGCGAUGAUGAGUCGGAGGACGACGGCGAGGAGGAGGACGAUGACGAUGUCGCAGAUGUGGUCGAGGUGGAGGAAAAUAAUGGAGGCGAAGGACAAAUGGUACGCACACGAAUCCAGGGCAGUCUCCUUGAGCUUGAGCGUGAGCUCAACGAUUCUUGGCGGAAAUCAACGAAGGCGUCCAAGUAUUUGGCUCGCCUUCAUUUGGGGGAUUGUUUGGGUCUGGAUGGGUGGAUGUCCGGUUUUGGGUCCGGUUAACCGGACGUCCGGUUUGAUCCAAACACGGGUCUGUUGUCCGUGUUUGGAUGUUCGGUUGUCCGGGUCCAGAACAAC